UCACUGUCUUUGUUUUGAAGCAUGCAGCCAGUAAAGAUCCCAGAGAAGUUCGAGAAGCUAGAGAUCAUAAGGAACCAAAAGAGGAGAUCAACAAAAACAUUUCUGACUUUGGACGACAGCAGCUUUUACCCCCCUUCCCAUCCCUUCAUCAGUCGCUACCUCAGAACCAAUGCUACAUGGCCACCACAAAAUCACAGACAGCUUGCUUGCCUUUUGUUUUAGCAGCUGCAGUAUCUCGGAAGAAAAAACGAAGAAUGGGAACCUAUAGCCUGGUUCCUAAGAAAAAGACCAAAGUAUUAAAACAGAGGACAGUGAUUGAGAUGUUUAAGAGCAUAACUCAUUCCACUGUGGGUUCCAAGGGGGAGAAGGACCUGGGCGCCAGCAGCCUGCACGUGAAUGGGGAGAGCUUGGAGAUGGACUCAGACGAGGACGACUCAGAGGAGCUCGAGGAGGACGACGGCCAUGGCGCAGAGCAGGCGGCUGCAUUCCCCACGGAGGACAGCAGGACUUCCAAGGAGAGCAUGUCGGAGGCUGACCGCGCCCAGAAGAGUUCGGAAUCCAGCCUCAAGAAGAAAUUUCUCAAGAGGAAAGGAAAGACCGACAGUCCCUGGAUCAAGCCAGCCAGGAAAAGGAGGCGGAGAAGUAGAAAGAAGCCCAGCGGUGCCCUCGGUUCUGAGUCGUAUAAGUCAUCUUCAGGAAGCGGUGAGCAGACAGCACCAGGAGACAGCACAGGGUACAUGGAAGUUUCUCUGGACUCCCUGGAUCUCCGCGUCAAAGGAAUUCUGUCUUCACAAGCAGAAGGGUUGGCCAACGGUCCAGAUGUGCUGGAGACAGACGGCCUCCAGGAAGUGCCUCUCUGCAGCUGCCGGAUGGAAACACCGAGGAGCCGAGAGAUCUCCACUCUGGCCAACAACCAGUGCAUGGCUACCGAGAGCGUGGACCACGAAUUGGGCCGGUGCACAAACAGCGUGGUCAAGUAUGAGCUGAUGCGCCCAUCCAACAAGGCCCCGCUCCUUGUGCUGUGUGAAGACCACCGGGGCCGCAUGGUGAAGCACCAGUGCUGUCCCGGCUGUGGCUACUUCUGCACAGCGGGUAAUUUUAUGGAGUGUCAGCCCGAGAGCAGCAUCUCUCACCGUUUCCACAAAGACUGUGCCUCUCGAGUCAAUAACGCCAGCUAUUGUCCCCACUGUGGGGAGGAGAGCUCCAAGGCCAAAGAGGUGACGAUAGCUAAAGCAGACACCACCUCUACCGUGACACCAGUCCCCGGGCAGGAGAAGGGCUCAGCCCUGGAGGGCAGGGCCGACACCACAACGGGCAGUGCUGCUGGGCCACCACUCUCGGAGGACGACAAGCUGCAGGGUACAGCCUCCCACAUGCCCGACGGCUUUGAUCCAACGGGACCUGCUGGGCUCGGGAGGCCAACCCCUGGCCUUUCCCAGGGACCAGGGAAGGAAACCUUGGAGAGUGCCCUCAUCGCCCUCGACUCGGAAAAACCCAAGAAGCUUCGCUUCCACCCAAAGCAGCUGUACUUCUCCGCCAGGCAAGGGGAGCUUCAGAAGGUGCUCCUCAUGCUGGUGGACGGAAUUGACCCCAACUUCAAAAUGGAGCACCAGAAUAAGCGCUCCCCAUUGCACGCUGCGGCGGAGGCUGGACACGUGGACAUCUGCCACAUGCUGGUUCAGGCGGGCGCUAAUAUUGACACCUGCUCAGAAGACCAGAGAACCCCGUUGAUGGAAGCAGCCGAAAACAACCAUCUGGAAGCAGUGAAGUACCUCAUCAAGGCCGGGGCCCUGGUGGAUCCCAAGGACGCAGAGGGCUCUACGUGUUUGCACCUGGCUGCCAAGAAAGGCCACUACGAAGUGGUCCAGUACCUGCUUUCAAAUGGACAGAUGGACGUCAACUGUCAGGAUGACGGAGGCUGGACGCCCAUGAUCUGGGCCACGGAGUACAAGCACGUGGACCUCGUGAAGCUGCUGCUGUCCAAGGGCUCCGACAUCAACAUCCGGGACAACGAGGAGAACAUUUGCCUGCACUGGGCGGCGUUCUCUGGCUGCGUGGACAUCGCCGAGAUCUUGCUGGCUGCCAAGUGCGACCUCCACGCCGUGAACAUCCACGGAGACUCGCCGCUGCACAUUGCUGCCCGGGAGAACCGCUACGACUGUGUCGUCCUCUUUCUUUCUCGGGAUUCAGAUGUCACCUUAAAGAACAAAGAAGGGGAGACGCCCCUGCAGUGUGCGAGCCUCAACUCUCAGGUGUGGAGCGCUCUGCAGAUGAGCAAGGCUCUGCAGGACUCGGCCCCCGACAGGCCCAGCCCCGUGGAGAGGAUAGUGAGCAGGGACAUCGCUCGAGGCUACGAGCGUAUCCCCAUCCCCUGCGUCAACGCCGUGGAUGGCGAGCCGUGCCCCAGCAACUACAAGUACGUCUCUCAGAACUGCGUGACGUCCCCCAUGAACAUCGACAGAAACAUCACUCACCUGCAGUACUGUGUGUGCAUCGACGACUGUUCCUCCAGCAACUGCAUGUGCGGCCAGCUCAGCAUGCGCUGCUGGUACGACAAGGACGGCCGGCUCCUGCCAGAGUUCAACAUGGCGGAGCCUCCCUUAAUCUUCGAAUGCAACCACGCGUGCUCCUGCUGGAGGAACUGCCGAAAUCGUGUUGUGCAGAAUGGUCUCAGGGCAAGGCUGCAGCUCUACCGGACGAGGGACAUGGGCUGGGGCGUGCGGUCCCUGCAGGACAUCCCACUAGGCACCUUUGUCUGCGAGUAUGUUGGGGAGCUGAUUUCGGACUCAGAAGCCGAUGUUCGGGAGGAAGAUUCUUACCUCUUUGAUCUCGACAAUAAGGACGGGGAGGUUUACUGCAUCGACGCGCGGUUCUACGGGAACGUCAGCCGGUUCAUCAACCACCACUGCGAGCCCAACCUGGUGCCCGUGCGCGUGUUCAUGGCCCACCAGGACCUGCGGUUCCCCCGGAUCGCCUUCUUCAGCACCCGCCUGAUCGAGGCUGGCGAACAGCUCGGGUUUGACUAUGGAGAGCGCUUCUGGGACAUCAAAGGCAAGCUCUUCAGCUGCCGCUGCGGCUCCCCCAAGUGCCGGCACUCGAGCGCGGCCCUGGCCCAGCGUCAGGCCAGCGCGGCCCAGGAGGCCCAGGAGGACGGCCUGCCCGACACCAGCUCCGCGGCUGCCGCCGACCCGCUAUGAGACGCCGCCGGCCAGCGGGGCGCUCGGGAGCCGGGGUCCGCCGCGUCGCCGUUUAGAGGAGGAGGAGGAGAGUUUCCGCACGGGACUGAAGGGUCCUCCUGCGGGGCUGCGCCGCCGGCUUCCUGGAGGGGUCGGAGGUGAGGCUGCAGCCCCUGCGGGCGGGUGCGGACGCCUCCCAGCCACCUGCCCAGUGCCCAGGCUGGAGCGCACACUUUGGCCCGCGUCCCAAAGACGCUGGGAGUCCGCACUGGCAUCACCUUCUGAGUUUCUGAUGCUGAUUUGUCGUUGCGAAGUUUCUCGUUUCUUCCUCUGACCUCCGAGGUCCCCGCUGCACCACGGGAUUGUUUGUUCUCCUGCCCGGCCCAGACUGUUCUGUGUGGCGCCGCCGAGGCCACCGUUAGCGCGAGCUGCUCCGUUCGCCCUGCCCGCGGCCUGCGUGGCUGGUGCCGGGUCCCAGGGGCUGCACGGAGGACACUGUCUGCUGCCAGUCUCCGAGAGUCAGGAGACCGACCCCACCACUAACUUUGGAGAAAAUGUGGGUUUGCUUUUUAAAGGAAUCCUAUAUCUAGUCCUAUAUAUCAAACCUCUAACUGACGUUUCUUUUCGAGGAAGUGGUUUGGUGGGUGCAGCCCCCGCCGGUUCCGUUGACGCUGGCACCUUCUGUUGAUUUUUUAAGCCACAUGCUAUGAUGAAUAAACUGAUUUAUUUUCUACCAUUACUGAACAUUAGGACAAACAAAAAAUAAAAAACAAAACACAGACAACGGUGCUGAUUCUGGUGUGGUUUCUACUCACCACGUGAAAUAAACUAUCAACUGUAUAAAGAGAACAAAGUGAUUUUAGAAUAAAAUGCAGGAAAAACUUUUUUAAAAAUGUUAGUCUUGUAGUGUGAAUAAAUUUGCCAUCACCUUUUGUGUGGUGGCCUGGCAGGUCAUAUACUUUUUUUUGGCAUAUACCUUUUUAAAUACUGUAAUUAGUGCAGUAACAGUGGGAUUUUUUUUGUGCAACUCUUCUAAACAUUCAUAAGGCAGUCGUGUUUAUUUUUUUCUGUUAAAAUGUUUUUGACAGUUUUAAGAGCAGUCUUUUGGCUCUGACCAUUUCUUGUUCUGUUUUCAAUGAAAUCAAUAAAAAAAAAAAAGAAGUACUUUAAA